AUUCAGGGUAACUUGUUUAAUAUAACUUACAUUCAUUAUUUAUCAAGACGUUCCCUAUGGUACAUACACAUGUACAGCAUAUAUAUAUGAUAGAGUGCGAACAAAUAAACAUGACUCCAGCAGAAACAAUUCGAAAUCAAUACUACCUUUCUCAGCAAGGUCAAUCAUCAUCAAAUCAAAAUGUUCCUGAUAAAACACGGCUGCCGCGACAAGAACCUCAAAUGACACUAUAUGAACCACAGUCCGACCAGGAGCCUAAAAUUGUAUUGGAACAUAAUAAUAAUAAUAAUAAUAGCAGUGCAUCUGAAUUUCAAAAGAGUUCAGAUCAUAUCAUCAGAAGGAAUAGUAGCAAGUUUCUUUUAAAGUUAUCAAAGUCAACUGCACCUAUGAGGGCGAAGCUCUCUACGUUAUCUCCAAGUAAAUUUGGAUCAACUAUGGGCAAGCUCAUCAAGCACAUUAACACGCCCAAUAAGAAAAUCAGCAGAAAGUGUACAUCACCUAUCGUUAUAUAGAAGAAAUAGAAGCUAUUCUAAAAAUGAACGAUCGCAAUCAUUCUCAUUUGAACAGAAAGUGCCCAAUACCAUAUCAUGUG